AUGCAGUUUGUUGCCGUAGCCUGUCGAAUUUGGAAUUUUUAUGGUCCUGCGGAAGCCACACUUGGAACUACAUGUCACUUAAUUGAUGUGACCUCUCACAUGCAUGAUCUUCCAAUUGGCAAACCACUACCUCAUUACAUAUGCUUAUCUCUAAACAACUUCUUGCAAUCUGCUAUGAUUCAAGAAAAAGGAGAACUACUAGUGGGAGGAGUAGGUGUAUUUGCUGGUUAUCUUAACUGCGAUGAUUUAACUGCAACAGUUCUUGUUGAAAUAGAUGGUCAACUAUUUUAUCGGACAGGUGAUCUUGUUAGAAUAGAUAACAAUGGUCUUCUUCAUUAUCAAGGAAGAAAAGAUCAUCAAAUCAAACUUCAUGGACAAAGAAUUGAACUUGGUGAAAUCGAACGAUGUUUACUUAACAUCACAUCCAUCUCUGCUUGUGUUGUCUUGAAAUGGAAUGAUGAUUAUUUAGUUGCUUAUGUUCAAAGUUCUGAUAUUGAUGAAGUCCAACUACGAGAACAUUGUCAAUCUCAUCUUCCACCACAUAUGAUACCAUCAAUAUUCAUGAUACUUGAUAAAAUACCUUUGAAUGCAAAUGGAAAAAUAGAUCGAAAGCAACUUCCUUCACCUGCUUUCUCUCACUUUCCAUCAAUACAUCUCAAAAAUCAUGUUGAAUUAUUACAACCACGAAAUGAAAUUGAAGUUACUAUUCAACAUAUUUGGUGUGACAUUUGUGAUCAUAAACAAAUCUCAACUGAUACAAAUAUUUUCCUAAUUGGGGGCCAUUCUCUUAUUCUUAUAGAGCUUUUUCAUCGAUACAAAACAACAUUUCAUCUAGGUACAAAAUCUCUUUCUAUAACUGAUCUAUUUCAAUAUCCAACAAUUAUUGGUCAUGCUCAAUUCAUUCAUCAAUCUCUCAAUAGUGAACAACAUUUCGAUAGUUCAUGGUCUUCAUUACAUCUCACUCAAGGUAUUCAAAAAAAAAGAGUUUUUCAUUAUUCAACUUUGUUCUUCUCAUAUAUUUUAGCUCGAGCAUCAUUUGCGCAAGAAAGGAUAUUUCUUGAUGAACAAAUUCGUUUUUCACCUAAAAACAAAAAUAGCAUAUAUGCCAUUCCAUUAAUCUAUCGUAUAUCAUCAUCAUCUAAAGAUAACUAUAUGUCGAUUGACCGAUUACAUCGAGCAUUUCAAUCUGUCAUAAUCAAACACAGUAUUUUUCGCACAGCACUUUAUCUUGAUAGUAAUGGCACUCUUAUACAACAUUGUUUCAAUGUGAAUACCAUUCAUGAUGAAAUGAAACCAUAUGGAUUUUCAAUAAUUAAUCUUGACAAUGAUUGUGAAAUUGAAAAAACAAUAAGUGAUAUACUAAAUCAUUCUGAUUUAUUUGAUUUAUCAAAAGGGCGUGUUAUCCAUUGUCAUAUUCUUCGUCAUUACCAUUUAAAUUGGUUUUCAUCACAAAAUGAUGAUCUAUUGAUGAAUGAUGAUUUCAUCUUAUUUAAUAUUCAUCAUUCAGCAUUUGAUAAAACAUCUCUAUCAAUUUUUCUUCGAGAACUUUCUCUUGCUUAUGAGACUAACAGUCCAUUAUCUAUAGAAGAUAAUGCUAUAGAAUAUAUUGAUUAUUCAGUUUAUGAACAUCAAAUGGAUAUGUCAUUAUCACAUGAAUUUUGGCACUCGGAACUUGCAGGAUCCAACCUACAAUAUCCAUUAUUAUUACCAUUUGAUCGAUCGCGUUCAUCAACUGAUCAACGAUCUGGUUUCGCUUCUAUAGCUCAAAUAUCAUUUGAUUAUAAUAUUUCAAGUUCAUUUCUUGAGUAUGCUUCAUCACAUCACAUGACACCUUAUCAAUUAGGAUUGGCCACAUUUUAUGUAUUCUUAUUCAAAUUAACUCAUGGACAAAAUGAUUUAUGUAUUGCUUCUUUUGAUGCUAAUCGAUAUAGAAGUGAGCUAGAAAAUAUCAUUGGAAUGUUUGUUGCAACAUUACCUUAUCGUAUUCAAAUUAAUCCUCAUUGGUCGUUUGAUGAACUUGUCAAACAUGUUCAAGAAAAAUGUUUAUCAAUUCUUCAACAUUCUUACUAUCCUUUACAACAUAUUCUUAGUGAUAUUCAUCUUAAUCAAUCAAAUGUUUCAUUUCUUGAAACAGCAUUUCAAUUUAUCACUAUUUCAUCAGAUGUGGAUCAAUUAUCUUUUGGUGAAACAAGUCUACAACAAGCAACACUAAACCAAGCACCUGUAAUGGCUACAUUUGAUUUUAUGGUAUCAUUUAUUGAUAAUCCUACAUUGAAUGAUAGUAGAUUAACAUGUAGUUUUGUCUGCUCAUGUGAUUUGUUUAAUGAAAGAACAGUUGCUUGUAUAGCUGAAAGAUUUCAACAUCUAUUCUUUCAAAUUUUCUCUUCAAAAUCUAAUUCUGAUCAGAUCAAUCGAUCAAUGAAAUCUAUUAGAAAUUUGUCGCUUAUUCUACCAAAAGAAGCCGAAGAAAUGCAGGAAACAAUCUUUUCCAGAUUACCAAAUAUUGUCAAUGAGGGUAUGUUUAUCUGUAAUAUUUUGGAUUUUUUUAUUUGUUAG